AUGGCUAUGCAGUAUUUUAACCAAAUCAAAAACCGCCGGCGCUCGUCACAGAUUUUGAAGCCUCCAAACCCCGUUUUAACCGCCGAAGACGAAGCGUUCUUGCAGCAAGUCACCUCCCAGCCAGAGCAAAGGCCUCCCUCGGACAGUCAAGCCAGCCUUCAAAAUCAAGGAGCACUUGCAGGGAGCUCUCAAAGGCCGAUCUUGGAGGAUGGGCCCCAGAACGUCCCCCUACCCGCAUCGCCCGCAGAGGAAUUUGGAAAGAAAUUAGGCGAAGAGGAACGGAAAACCCGUGAUCAGGCGGAGAAUGUCAGAACCCAAUCGGAGCCAACCCAGCCCCAGGAUGCACCGGGCCCAGAGAAGAAGAAAAGAUGGAGUGGCAUGUUCUGGAAGAAAGGUCCAGAUUUGAAAAAGGAAAAAGAAAUCGGCACAGCUGACCAAGGGAAGUCACAAAGCCCUGCGCCGGCUUCGAGGACCACUUCCUCGCCCGAAAAUAAAGAAGAUGCUCAGAAGGACCAGGAGGACAUGACGGAUAUUUUGGAGCGGUUGAACCUAGCGGCGGAUAACAACCGGGUCUUCUCGAUCAGCGAUGAGACGCAGGAGCUCCUCAGGAAGUUCAAGUUGAUCUUCAAGGAUCUGGUUAAUGGGGUUCCCACGGCUUAUCAAGACCUGGAGAUGCUGUUGACCAACGGCAAUAGGCAACUGCAAGAUACCUACACCAAACUUCCAAGCUUCAUGCAGAAGUUGAUUGAGAAGCUUCCUGAAAGGUGGACCGAGUCUUUGGCGCCCGAGAUGCUCGCUGUGGCCAGUGAACGAGCCGCGCAGAGUGGUGUCAACAUGGAGAAUGUGGGCAAGGCGGCUGCUGCCGCUGAGAAGAUGGGCCUUAAUGUCCCAAGUCUCAAGGAACUGGUUUCCAAGCCGGCGGCGAUUGUCGGGAUGCUGCGAUCAAUCAUGGCAUUCCUCCGAGCUCGCUUCCCGGCUGCCCUGGGCAUGAAUGUUCUGUGGUCGCUAGCCUUGUUCAUCCUACUCUUCGUUCUCUGGUACUGCCACAAGCGUGGCCGUGAGGUUCGCCUCGAGAAUGAGCGCCUUGUAACCGAGGAAGAGAUCCAAAAAUUGAACGAAAAUGCCGGCGAGGGCAGAAUUCGCCCUACCGAGACCUUAACCACUACCGCCCCUCGGGGUGCGCCGGCCGAUGAAGUUCGCGCAGGCGUACGGAGAGCAGAGGAGGCCCGAUCUUCGACCGCAGUCUCCGUCGUUGCUUCGGAACCAGGUGAAGUGAAUCGGAGCGAUGAAAAUACUCGCCCGGCCCCUGUUCCUACCCGGUCAAAGUCUCGUCUCUCUAUCUGGUCGCGGUCGAAGCCGGAGCCGAUUCCGACCAAUAUUACCCCUUACCCUGGGACAUGA